GUCAGUACAACACUCUCCUCCACUAUCCCACAAUUCUAAUGUUUAUGGCUAGUCGGUGAAAGAUGGCGGACAGCAGUGGCCGUAAUCCUCAAUCACACUGUUUCACGGAGAAAUUAAAAUCGUGGCUGUGCUGGUCGUGGACGUACAUAUGUGCGCUUUGGUUCGCCAUGGUCUUAACGAUGGUUUAUGUGCUGAGGAGCCCACUGAAGCUGCAGGAGACCGUUAACGCAGCAUCUGUGUUUUUAAACACUCUUACGCCUAAAUUCUAUGUUGCGCUGACUGGAACCUCCUCGCUCAUCUCGGGCCUUAUAUUGAUAUUUGAGUGGUGGUACUUCAGGAAGUACGGCACAUCCUUCAUAGAGCAGGUGUCUGUCAGUCACUUGCGCCCUCUACUGGGAGGAGUGGAGAACAGCAGCUCUGCGGGCCUCUUCUCCUCUGUAAACGGCGAUACCGAGCCGAGAACCAACGUUGCAGAAUGUAAAGUGUGGAGGAACCCACUGAACCUAUUCAGAGGUGCAGAGUACAGCAGGUACACUUGGGUGAUGGGAAAAGAGCCCCUGACAUAUUAUGACAUGAAUUUAUCAGCCCAAGAUCAUCAGACCUUCUUCUUGGGAGACACUCAGCAACUUAGACCAGAGGACUCUGUAAUGCAGAAGGCCUGGAGGGAGAGGAACCCGCAGGCACGAAUUCAAGCAGCUUACCAGGCAAUUGAAAUGAACCGCGAAUGUGCUGCAGCAUAUGUGCUCCUGGCCGAGGAGGAAGCCACAACCAUCACAGAGGCUGAACGGCUUUUCAAACAAGCGCUUAAGAGUGCCGGUAAAGACACCAAUCUUGUGGUCUACAUCAAGCGCAGACUGGCCAUGUGUGCAAGAAAACUGGGUCGCAUCAAAGAAGCUGUAAAGAUGAUGAGAGAUUUAAUGAAAGAAUUCCCCUUACUGGGAAUGUUAAAUAUUCACGAGAACCUUUUAGAAGCAUUAUUAGAGCUGCAGGCCUACGCUGAUGUACAAGCAGUCCUUGCAAAAUAUGACGGUAAGCUCAUUCAGCUGUCAUGUUACUGUACAUUUCAUAGAAGACCAGGAAGAGAUGCUAGUAUCCUUUAUAUUAACUGUCUGAUGUUUCUCCCUUCAGAUAUCAGCUUGCCAAAAUCAGCUACUAUAUGCUACACAUCUGCCUUACUGAAAGCCAGAGCAGUGUCAGAUAAGUUUUCGCCUGAAGCAGCAUCUAGACGAGGUCUCAGCACAGCAGAGAUGAACGCAGUAGAGGCCAUACACAGAGCUGUGGAGUUCAACCCACACGUACCAAAGUAUUUAUUAGAAAUGAAGAGUCUGAUUUUGCCACCUGAGCAUAUUUUGAAGAGGGGAGACAGUGAGGCGGUGGCGUACGCUUUCUUUCACCUGCAGCACUGGAAACGGGCAGAGGGGGCGCUCAACCUGCUACACUGCACCUGGGAAGGCACUUUCCGGAUUAUUCCAUACCCCCUGGAAAAGGGUCAUCUCUUCUAUCCUUACCCAGGAUGCACAGAAACUGCAGACAGAGAGCUUCUGCCUUCAUUUCACGAGGUCUCAGUGUAUCCGAAGAAGGAGCUUCCUUUCUUCAUCCUCUUCACAGCAGGCCUGUGCUCCUUCUGUGCCAUGUUGGCCAUGCUCACACACCAGUUUCCAGAGCUCAUGGGGGUCUUCGUCAAAGCUUUCUUCAGCACCCUCUUUGCACCACUGGGCUUUUUUGCAGACAAGAUGGAGAGUUUUAUGCCCUCCUGCCUGUGGCAUCAGCUAGCAAACGUCUGACGUACACACACAGCUCACACAUACUUGCACUUGAAAACACUACUGUACAUGUAACACAUGUGUAAGGUGCCCGUUAGCCACCUGUACUGAUAAUAAAAAUGUUAUGGCUCUUU